CCUAGGCUUCUCCCAGCAUUUUGAACGCAAGCCUCAACGGUCACUUUUUUUUAAAAAAUGCAAAAAGAUCAAAAGUUGGAAGGAGAAAUUGGACGUUACAGUUAGAAGUAGCAAAAAAUAAAAAUAAAAAUCUCUCUCGUCUCUUUUAAUCUCGUCAAACUCCUUCUUUUUCUCAAAAUUCCCUUCAACUCUCUCUCCCUCCGUCUCCAAUCCAAGUCAUACAUCUCAUAUCCUCGCAUCAAAGGGGGGUAAAAGAGGGAAAAUCCCAAUUACCAAAGAAAGGGAAGGAAAAGCAAAGAUCAAUGGCAGCAAGGUCUCCUUCCCCCAAUCCAAGCCGACCCAAAACCCCUGAGAUCAGCAACAGCAUCAGAAGGAGCAAAGAAUUUCCCCAAAGAAGCUCUUUUUCUAAGCCUUUGUCGCCGAACUCACAGAAAGAGAAUGCAAAGACGAGACCCCCUGCAAUCUCUUCUUCAAAGGGGUCCAAGAAUUUCAUGGCUCCCACUAUCUCUGCGGCUUCGAAGGUUGUUUCUGCUUCCCCAAGAAAGAGGAUUCUUCAAGAGAGGAAUGAGGUUAUAAGUUCAGUAUCCCAUUCUCUCGAGUUUCCAAACAAAGAAGUAGGUGUCGGGGUUGAGAGUGAGGGAGUGGGGUCGAAAUCAGAGAUGGGUUUAAGGUUUCAAGAAGGUUCGAGUAGUGGCGAGCUGAAGAAGGGGGUGUCUAGAAUCAAGAACCACCAAGUUUCCCCUCUGCCAUUUAAUGCUCCUACGAAUGCUGACCGAUCUCUUACUCCUUACGAUCCCAAGAUCAAUUAUCUUUCUCCUAGACCUCAAUUUCUUCAUUAUAGGCCUAAUCCUCGUAUCGAGCACUACCUCAGUAGGGAAGGAGAGUUUCUUGAUGUGAAUGAAGGGAGAAGGCUUGAAGAUGGCUUCUCUUCAGAGAGCAGUGAGGAUGAUGAUGUGAAUAUACUCACUGAGGAGAACGAUUCAGAAGAAGAGUUUCUCCCACUUAAGGUAAGAGAGGUUGAAUCUGUGACAGAAACCCUUGUUUCUGAACCUCCAUUCAAUUCUGUGAAUGAAGCCCAAGUUUCUGAACCUGAUGAUGUGACUUCACUCACUGAGGACAAAGAGAAGGGUUCAGAAGAAGAGUUGCUUCCAACUGAGGUAAAAGAGGUCGAACCGGUGACUGAAACCUUUGUCCCUGAACCUGAACCUGAACUCAAGUCUGUGAGUGAAACCCUUGUUUCUGAACCUGAAUCUAAAUCUGAACUCUUGAAGCCCUGUUCUUUUAGGAGAUCCAAAUUGGUCUUGUUUCUGUUGGUUUUGUUCAUGGCUUCCAUUUAUAUGCCCGUUUUGGAUUCACCCAUCAUUUCUUCUUCCAUGGUGAAAGUAGGGUCUCUUCCAAAAGUUCAUGUUCCAUUCUAUCGAGAGUUUGAGGAUCUGUAUCUGAAAGAUUAUUUGGCUGUUUUUAGCGGAAAUCUUAGCGGUCUAGCUAGUAAAUUCAAGGACUGGUCAGCAGAUUCAAUUGCUUAUUUGAGCUCUGACACACAAAAGGAUGAUUUUGGUUUCUACCAUUUAGCUAAUAUGACAUCCUCAGCUGUAGAUGAAACUGAAGGCUUGGAUCUCAGCUAUCGGCCCCUGAUUGAAACCAAACAAGCUAUCAAGCAAAAUUUGCAAGAAGAGGUUUCUGAAGAUGAGCCUGAGAAGAGUGAGAUUGUGGUGUCCGAAGAUGUGAUUGAAGGUGAAGUUUAUUAUCAAGAUGUGCUAGAUAUAGACACCAGGAACAUUGAACCCGAAGCUGAGAAGACUGAGAUUGUGGUGUCUGAAGAUGUGACUGAAGCUGAUGUUGGUUCUCUUGAAACUGAAACGGCUGUUUCUAAAUAUGUGAUAUACACGGAUACGCUGGGUUACAUUGAAGCCGAAGCAGAGAAGAAUGAGAUUGCGGUGUCACAAGACGUGAUUGAAGGUGAAGUUUGUUAUCAAGACGUGGUAGAUGCAGAUACCAUGAACAUUGAAGCCGAAGCUGAGAAGAUUGAGUUUGUGGCGUCUGAAGAUACGCUGGGUUACAUUGAAGCCGAAGCUGAGAAGAAUGAGAUUGCGGUGUCACAAGACGUGAUUGAAGGUGAAGUUUGUUAUCAAGACGUGGUAGAUACAGAUACCAUGAACAUUGAAGCCGAAGCUGAGAAGAUUGAGUUUGUGGCGUCUGAAGAUAUGACUGAAGGUGUUGCUGGUUCUCAGGAAAUUGAAACAGCUGUUUCUAAAGAUGUGAUAGAUGUGGAUACGAUGAGUUACACUGAAGCUGAAGCUGAGAUGAUUGAGAUUGCCUUGUCUGAAGAUUUGAUUGAAGGUGAAAUUGGUUCUCAGGAAAUUGAAAUGGAGGUGUAUGAAGGUGCGGUAGAUGCAUAUACUGUUGGUUAUGAGAUGGAGAAAAGGAUUAUUGAAGGUGAUGGAGAAGUGGAACAAGAGUCAUCACACAUCAACAAAGAAGACAAGAUCUCUGAAAUCAUUGCUAAAUCUGCACUUAUUGAGGAUGAAGAUUGCAGUGACCAUACCCAAUCUGCUAGUUUUAUUGACAACCAGCCAGAGUUGGAAGGGGAUUAUGAAAUCCCACAUGGUCAUGACCUAAAAUCAAUGAACUUUGCAAUUAUUUUUGGAUUAUCUGUAGCACUUUCGGCGCUGCCUGCCAUGGCUGUUCUGUAUGCGAAGCAGAGGCAAGCACCAAGGAUUGCAAACACAAGAGAAGAAACACAAAAAGUCAGAUCAAUUUCAGGAAGCAGUCGGCCCUAUGAUCAAGCCAAGGAAUCUUCCUCUGAAUUGAGCAGUAGCUGGAAUCACACUUCAUCUUCUAGCGGGCGUUUGAGCAAUGAGAGGAGCCUGAGAAGGGACUCUGCAGUAUCUUCAUCCACUUCUUACGGAAGUUUUACCACCUAUGAGAGACUAUCAGCCAAAAAGGGAUGUAAAGAUGAGGAAGCAAUGACUCCAGUCAGACGAUCGAGCAGAAUUAGGAACUUAACCUCUCCAUGAAAAGAAAAUGAAGCUGUGCGCUUCCUAACUUUACACUUGGCCAACAAUUAUAUUGUUUGCCCUUUUCUUUCUGUGGCAUAAAGCUUCUUAUUCUGACUUAGAUAUUUGUCGAACUUAAUUUGUUAGUCUCUAAUUUUAGCUUCACGAAUGAUUUUGGCUCCUUUUCUUUUGGUGCUGAAUGUUGUGCCGCCGAAUGAAUGAAUGUAUGUACGGGCAGCCUUUUGCUGUUUUUCUUGAUUGGUCAAUCUCCCCCCAUUUCAUUAUAGGUUUUC